CUGAUGGAGAUCGUUCAAGCAAUCGAGGCCUUACAGGAUAGUCAUCUGAAGAUUAAAUUCUUCAAAGCAGUCACAAACGUCCAACGCACAGUCGACCUGUAUGGAGUCACUGCUUUGGCUUUUAGCUUCAACGGUGGCAAGGAUUCAACAGUCGUACUGCAUGUUCUCAGAGCAGCAAUGGCCCUUAGAAAUGCAGGCCUACCUCUUUGCAACGGAUCGGCUGUCUAUGGACCAGGCCUUGGAGGCAUCCUCAGCUUCUUCUUCGAGCGUAGAGAUGAUUUCACAGAAGUCCUGGAGUUCGUGCACGCCAUGAAUGCACAAUACGAGCUGCAAGUGCGGAAGAUGCAUGGGGACUUCAAGGCCGGCCUGGAGCAACUCGUGUCUGUAUCCGGCGUCCGUGCCAUUUUCCUGGGGACCCGCAGGGGAGACCCCAACGCACAUGGCCAGGAUGAGUUCUGCCCCAGCAGUCCUGGGUGGCCGCCCUUCAUGCGGGUGAACCCCAUUCUGGGCUGGACAUAUGCAGACGUUUGGGCGUUCCUUCGAGCCACGUGGGUGCCCUACUGCUCCUUGUAUGACAACGGCUUCACCUCCCUGGGCUCUGUCGACAACACCCGCCCAAACAGCCCCUUGCUGCAACCUGUCGAAUUUCAUGCUGUCAUCCAAUGUACAGUGCAUUCUGCUCAUGGGUACAGGUGCGAACAUCUGUCUGCAGAGCAGUGCUGCAACACUGCGGACUGCCAAAUUUCCAGCAUGCAAAAUUCGUGGAACAGGGCACAGGCGCAACCUGAUGCAAAGACCGUUCCUGGAAUGGGAUGCAGUGCGCUGAGGAAGGAGGACGGGUCAUAUGCACCGGCGCAUCUGCUGUACGACAUCCGCAUGGAGAGGGCCGGCCGCACAUGCGCGGCCGCUGAGCAGCCGUCGACGCCGCGCGCCAUCGCGUCCACGGCCGCCUUAGUCAUCAUCGGCGACGAGAUCCUGUCCGGCAAAGUGGAGGACGUCAACACGCCCUUCCUCUGCCGGGAGCUGCACGCCAUCGGCUGGCAGGUCGCCAAGGUGUCUGUAUUGCCAGAUGAGGUGGCAGCCAUCUCAGCAGAGCUGCGCGCAGUGUCCAAGGUGUAUGAUAUUGUAAUCACCUCCGGUGGUCUCGGCCCCACUGUGGAUGAUGUCACCAUGCAGGGCGUUGCAGAUGCCUUAGAUCACCAGCUCACCAGGUAUCAAGAUCUGGAGCACAGGCUGCGAAUGUUCUUCGGCAGCAAUGUGACGCACUCGCACUUGAAGAUGGCCGAAGCCCCAUCAGGGGAGUUGACCACAGUGGACUACAAGAUGGCCGAUGGGCGGCCCUCCCCCUUUCCUGUGCUGCUCUGCCGCAACAUCUAUGUCCUCCCAGGGGUCCCACAUUUGCUGCAGAUCAAGUGGAAGGCCGUCAAGGAGCACCUAACAUCGGCCACUGGCCGAUUAGAGCCAUUCCACAGCGUGAGCCUGAGGCUGUCAACAGAUGAUGAGACGGCCGUGGCGCCCACUCUGCAGCGCCUGAGUGCCAGAUUUGAAGGCUCUGUCGGCAUCGGCUCCUAUCCUGUUGAGGGUUCCAGCGAUGGGGCAGGCAUCAUUCUGUCGCUUGAGAGCAAGAACUCAGAACAGCUAGAAGCGGCGCGUGCAGCGCUCAUCACAGAGCUGCCUCCGGGCAGCAUCCUGGGGGAGAGGCGAGACAGCUCCACCCUCUAG